AUGCAUCGCAUUUGCAUACUUUUUAUUGUAGCUUUGUUUAUAAGUACUACAUGCAGGUUGACUGAAUCUCAUCAUCCUGGCUAUAGUACUGUAGGGAACCCACAUGUUCCAUUGGAUGAUGAUUGUGCACUCCGAGCAUUCAUCGUUGAAAUGGCUGGAUAUAUUGCACCUACGGCUUGGAAAAUGAAUUGGACAGAGCUCAGUCAAAGUGCUUUUCAAAUGAAUCAAUGCAGUAAUGUUUCCAUUAGCAAUAAUACAACGACAAAGCUUGCGAAACCAUUCAAAACAACUCCGGAAAUAAAAGAAACAAUUUGUUAUAGUAGAAUAUUCGUACAUGACUUUCAAGGCAAUGAUAUGUUUGAUGGUACAUUUGACCGUCCAAAGAAAACAAUUCAAGCAGCUUUGUCACUUACGCGUAUUUUGCGUGUUACACAUGGCAACGAAAAGACAUUAUGUAUUACUAUAAGAGGAGGAACUUACUAUUUAGGUACAAAUGCUACGACAACAAGUAGUCAAAUAGGUGCCAUUGCAUUAACAGCCAAUGACAGUAAUCUUGUCAUUGAAAACUAUCAAGAUGAACGUGUUGUAUUGAGUGGUGGCGCAUUACUGCAAUUGCAAUGGUCCAUUCAUGCUAAAACAGCAGCUGGUGGUGCCAUCAUGAAAGCUCAGAUACCAUCUUUCGUCAAUCUAGACCAAUUUAAUGAAUUAUAUAUUGAUGAUGGACGAGCUAUCGUAGCUAAAUAUCCAAAUGGUGAUCCUGCUACCCACGGUUUGUAUGCAAAAGAUCCUGGUUUUUCUUAUGAUUCACAAAGUUGGAUAGCACCGAUUUUCAAUUCAAGUACGGACAUUCAUGUAGAUAAGCCUUACCGAAAUGGCACCGAGUUUCCUAAUUAUCAACUUGGUAUAGGUGGUGGAGCUUCUGUUUUCAAUCCACCUAGAAACUUCUGGAGUACUGCAUCACCACCUGCUGGCAGUAACUAUGGUGUACCUCAAGGUUUUACUGUAAAAAAUGGUGCCUUGCCUCAUAUCACCAAUUGGAGUAAACCAACAACAGGUUUCGUACAUGCUCUUCAUGCUGGUUAUUGGGGUAGUUGGGUGUUCGAAAUAGCAUCCGUCGAUAGUGCCAAAAAUACGAUAAUGUUCAGUAGAGGAGGUUUUCAAGAAGCUCGUGGUUCGCAUAGUGGAGGUGCAUUUUAUGUGGCAAAUAUCUUCGAAGAACUUGACUCACCAAAUGAAUGGUUUUUAGACAAAAGUACUCGUACUCUCUAUUUUAUGCCAAACGAAACUAUGCCUCAAGUUUUUGUUGCUAGUCAAAUUCCAUGUUUGAUCUCGAUUAGUGGAAGUAAUGACGAAGAUUCUGCAAAUAAUAUCUUGAUUCGAGGCUUGAUAUUUACACAGACAAGUAAUACAUACAUGAGAGAUUAUAUGGUGCCAAGUGGUGGUGAUUGGGCUGUUCAUCGAGGUGGUACUGUCUAUUUGACCAACACAAAAACGGUUACUAUUACACACAAUCUAUUCACACAAUUGGGUAGCAAUGGUAUUGCAUUGAUUGAUUAUAAUGAUGCAUCGACGAUUACUUUAAAUGAAUUCGUAUGGUUAGCUGAUUCAGCAAUCAUUCUCGUUGGCAGCACGAAUGGAAUCGAUGGCUUUAGCGUUACAAGUCAACCUAUGAAUACACUGAUAGAAUCAAAUCUAAUUCAUGAAACUGGCAUCUAUAUCAAGCAAUCAUCACCUGUACUAAUAUCUGUAAGUCGAAGUAUAUCUGUCAUCGGUAAUCUGAUGUUCAAUAUGCCACGGGCGGCAAUCAAUAUAAAUGAUGGUUUCUAUGGUAAUCAUACUAUUAGUUAUAAUGUUAUUUUCAAUACUGUUCGAGAAACAAGUGAUCAUGGACCAAUUAAUUCAUGGGAUCGACAACCAUUCUUGACUGAUGCUGUUCAGCAAGGUAUUCCUUCCCUUUGGCAGCAUACCAGUUAUAUUCAUCACAAUGCUCUUUUUAAUAACUAUCGCUCUGUAUGGCCCAUCGAUCAUGACGAUGGUAGUUGUUUCUAUGAAGAUAGCUAUAACUUUCUUGUAUAUGGCGGUAAAAAGAAUUAUUUAGGACAUUCAAAAACAGAUCACCAUGAAAUAUAUGUGUAUGCAGAUGCAAAUCAAGCUGGUUUUGGAAGUAAUACUUGCCUUGGGGAUUACGCACCCAGACGUGGUUUUAGUGGAUUUAACGAAAUUUUUAGAAAUAACACAUGUGUACUCUACAGUAGUUCAAUACCAUAUAAUAUUGACGGUUGUGAAACAUCCGAUCUAUACAUACCACUGUUGAUGUCGAAUCAAAUUUUUAUUGCAUCCGGAGUAGAGAUUACUUUUAUUUGCAAGGUGAAAGGUACUAGCACAAAACUGACUCUCGAUCAAUGGAAUUCGUACGGUGUAGAUCUUGGCACUAGCGUCAAUACUAGACCAGAUAUUCAAUAUAUCAUUGAAUGGGGUCGGUCAAUAUUGCAACUGGCAGAAUAA